AUGCGCUACCCGAAAGAUCUCCAGUGGUGGCCCAUUGAGAUCUUGCGGGCUCUAGGUGACCUCGCCGACGAAAUGCCCGGCAUCGAAAACUGCAACAAAGUCUACGAUCUACUCGUAGAGGGCAAAAUGAAGAGGUUGAAGGACAAGUCCAACACUCUGUCGGCAAAGAUACAGCUGAGCGACAUAGGAUUCGUUCGAGAGCGCGUUCGGGCGGGAGAAGAGAAGGGAAAGCAGAAGAUAGUUAACACAACUACGGAUAAUAACUCAGAGUCUACCUAA